AUGUCUUCAAAAGCUCCGUCACCCGAGCUCCUCGCUCUCGUCAACGACUUCCUUGCCAGCAAUGGCUUUGAGAAGGCCGCUAAGGCUCUCACAAAGCAAGCCAAGGACCAAAGCAUCGCUCUGGCCACUGAUGGAAAGACUACCCUGACCGCCCUCUACGAUGCCCGUCCCAAGGAGACGCCCGCCNNGCUGCAACUGCCGACGACUCCUCCGACGCCAGCGACAGCAAGUGAAGACGAGAAGAAGCCCGUGAAGAAGGAGGCCUCCAAGAAGCGCAAGGCCACUCCUCCUAGCUCCUCCGACUCCUCCGACUCUUCCGAAGACAAGAAGCCCGCCGCAAAGAAGACCAAGACCGUCAAGAAGGCCGAGGUCUCCUCCGAUUCCUCCUCUGCGUCGUCUUCCUCCGAAAGUGAAGACAGCAGCGACUCUUCUGAUUCUGAAUCAGACUCCGACUCCUCCUCAUCUUCCGACUCAGACAGCUCCACGAAUCCGAGUCGGAAAGCGAGAGCGAGAAGAAGAAAAAAGUCCGCAAAGGUCGUCAAGGCCGAGAAGCCCGCAAAGAAGGAAAAGAAGGAGAAGAAGCCCGUCGUCAAGGCCGAGCCCUCGUCCGACUCCGCUGCUUCGAGCGUGACCCUCGCCGACGUUCCUGCGCUUGUCAAGGCCGAAGUCGACACCAUUAUGGUUCCCGCAAGCUCAGCCCUUGGCCAAGCUGAAGGGACUGCUGCCCCGUCCACCGACGCGGACGAGCACAUGCACCCUAGCCGCAAACGCAAGCUCGGAGGUGCUUUCGGCGAGGCUGAGCAGCAAGUUGCUGUCCCUGCCACCGAGGAAAACAUCAAGCGUGCAAAGAAGGAAAAUGUUCCUUUCAGCCGCAUUCCCAAGGAUCAGUGGGUCGACCCUCGUCUUCAGAGCAACGCUUUCGUGCCUUACGACUACGCUCAGAGGGCACACGAGGCAUUGAUCGUUACCAAGGGCAAGGCUUUCACCAAGGCCAAGAACAAGGGCAAGCGUGGUAGCUACAGAGGUGGUAUUAUCGACCAGACACCCAAGGGUAUCCAGUUCGAGGACUAG